UAUACUCGCCUUCUUUCUUUUCGCUCUUCUUUUGUGUAAUUUUGGAUAGCAAAUCCAAAACAAACGACACACAAAAUUCUCUCCCUCUUAAUUGCUUCCUUUUCAACUUGACAUGUCUUUUACCGGCGGCAAUUCCGGCGGCGGUGGCGGACGACCCCAGUUGUACUUCUGCCACCAGUGUAACCACUCGGUCACCCUGACUCCACCAUCAAACUCCUCCGAUCUCUCCUGUCCCACCUGCCACGGUGGUUUCCUUGAAGAGCUCGAUUCUCCCACACCAAAUCCUAACCCUAACCCUUUCGAUUUCCCCUUCAUCUUAGACGACCUCGCUUCGAUCCUCGGUCCCUCUCAGUCGGGACCUGUCCAUCGUUCCUCCUCUUCCAAUCAGUUGUUCCAGGACACCGAUGCCUUCAAUCCAUUCGUCUUUCUGCAGAACUACCUCCAGACCCUACGUUCCGACGGUGCUAAUAUUCAAUUCGUCAUUGAGAACAACUCCGGUGGUGGAGGCUUGGACCCCAGUGGGUUCGGUGGUGGUGCUGCUUUCCGACUUCAAGCUAAUCUUGGAGACUAUUUCGUCGGUCCCGGUUUGGAGCAGCUGAUCCAACAACUCGCUGAGAAUGAUCCCAACCGGUAUGGAACCCCACCCGCUGCGAAAUCUGCCAUUGAGGCGCUUUCUGAUAUCAAGAUUUCCGAGGAGUUACUUGCUUCCGACUCGUCGCAGUGUGCCGUGUGCAAGGACACGUUUGAGUUGGGUGAGGAGGGUAAGCAGAUUCCCUGUAAGCAUAUAUACCAUAAAGAUUGUAUAAUUCCGUGGCUGGAACUGCAUAAUUCCUGCCCAGUUUGUCGGUAUGAGUUGCCUACGGAUGACCCUGAUUACGAACAGAGGAUGCAUGGGACUGUGAAUUCAAGGGACCAGACUCAAAGACAGAAUGUUGGUACCGGUGGUUCUGGUGAUUCUGGCACUGGCAGUGGUGGAAAUGUUGACGGCACUGAAGAGAAUCCGGAUACACCAAGGACAGUAGAGAGGAGGUUGAGGAUCUCAUUGCCAUGGCCGUUUAGAGGGUUUGGUGCACCUGCGGAGACUAGCAAUAGUGGAAGCGGAAACAAUGAUGGAGACUCCAACUCCGGGAAUCAUGGAAGUUCUGAUUUCAGAUCAGAGACUAGGGAAGAAGACCUUGACUGAGGAUUGUUUUGGGAGUGAUGGUGGUUUGCAUCUGCAACGCUUGUUGAACAUAGACACAGAUCUUGCAUAUUGAUUAGUGACUAGAUUUUUAAUUUUGCAGUUUUCAGUUUUCCUCUCCUCCUCCUCCAGGAAUGUCUGUCUUUUUUCAUCUACAUAAUUGUUGUAGUUUUCAUCAUCCCUACCAAAUUUAUGCACACAUUAGUGAAUCUAAUUACCCGGAGAUGAGUUUUGUGGUGGUGAAUGUUUGUAUGUUUAUAUGGUUGAUCCUAUAACCUGGAGAUACUUUUUUACUCGCAGAUGAGUAUGAAUGCUGCUUCUUUCUGCCUUGGAAAUGUAUGCUAGUGGUUUUUCCAUUA